GAAGGAGGCGGGGUGCUAGUUCAAGGGAGAGAAGGUCCACAGAGGAGCUGGGCAUGUUCAAACAUAUCCAGGCAGACCAGCCUACCAACCUCCACGGCGUGCUGUCAUUGCGCACGGAUUGGAUUUAUACACAGACUAGGCUGUAUGAGAGUGUAUGCAUCAGCUAUUAGCCUAUUGCUAACCGAUAUGUUUUCCUGAGGGACACUUGACACGACACAGUAACAUAGGCCUAUUAGAUGUUUAUUUAAUGGAUUUAUCUUGAGAUGUACAACUGCUAAAGACUUUCUAAGUUUCGGCUCUGUCUGAAGACGUCGGCUCAGCGCGGCCAUGUCUCUCCCAGCUAAAGUGAUGAGAGACGGGCUGCUUGAGAAGCGCAGCAGCGGGCUCCUCCAGCUGUGGAAGAAGAAGCGCUGCGUGCUCACCGAGGAAGGGCUGCGCCUGCACAACUGCAAAGGCGGCGGCGGUGAUGCUCCGAGCUCGGCGUGGAGCCCCAAAGCCAAAGAGCUCCGCUUUGAGCGCAUGGCCACGGUGGACUGCGUGGAGUACAAGCGAGGGCUGGUGUACUUCACCGUGGUCAUGGCUACGGGGAAGGAGAUUGACUUUCGGUGUCCGCAGGACGGCACGGCUUGGAACGCGGAGAUUGCUUUGGCAUUGGUGCGCUAUAAGAACCUGCAGGCCGUGCAAACAGGACGGAACAGGCACCUGUCCACAGCAUACCUGGGCAGCACUGGGGAGGAUGAGGAGCUCUGACCUGGUAAAGUCUUUCUACUUCCUGGGAGUAAACCAAUCAGAGUGGAGCAAGGGUAGAGGACGCCAGAUCCAUCAGCUUGAUUCUGUGGUGCAUAGCAUGAUGGGAUGUACUGAACGGCCAUCAGCGAAUAUGGAUUAAAGGACUGAGAACAAGUGUCACACACAGUCUUAUUGUCUUCCUACAUGAGCUUUUUCAUGCUGUCAUACUAAGCAUAGGAAUCUGAUAUACUGCAAGUAUGGAUGAAAUUGUUUUUUCUGUCAUGACCUCAUUGCUGGAGGUCAUUGUGGAGACCGUUGCAAAAGAAAAAGAUGGCUUUAUAUGGACAGAAACUGGGAAGCUGGGACACUGUUUACCCUUUGUGCCUUGAUGUUUCAAAAAUAUCUUUUAUUUUGGACAUAAUUUCCCAACAUUUUCUAACAUUGCUGAAACAGGAGUCACUUUGAGUCUUCGGUCUUGCUCUUGAUGGAAACACAUCACCGUUUGACAGGCUUUGAAAACAUUUGUUAUAGACUGAACAGAUCUACAUGUUUUUUCUAAAGCUGAACAUGAAGAAUAAGCAUUUUGCUCAUAUUCAUUGCACAUUGUAUUCUAUAUAUUUGCUGAAACCAUGUACAGUAUUACACUCUUAAAAAGAUUCAAAUAUAACAUUUAAAAUAAAAAAAUAACAUUUUUGUCAGUAAUCCUGAAGUGCUGACAUAUUUCA